CGGGCGUGUCGGGGUGGGGGGCGCGGUCUCUAUAUAGACCCGUCACCUUCAAAUUGGCGCCAUUCAUCCGAUCAUCUGCCAUCAUGAGACACGUAAUCCUCGCCUGUCUGUUCGCCACCGCCCUCGCGGCCCCUGCAGAACUCCCACCCUCCAAGAACCAGCAGAUUCCCAUUGUCGCCCUGGAAAACAAUGUCAGCUUUGAUGGCUCGUACAAAUAUAGCUUCGAAGGUGGAGAUGGAACCCGCGCUAUCCAAGAGGGAGCCCUGAAACAAGUAGGUCCGGACGCCGGGGAAGUGUCGCAGGGAUCGUACUCUUACACGGGUGACGAUGGUAAAAGCUAUUCCGUUUCCUACGUCGCAGACGAGAAUGGUUUCCAACCCUCAGGCGAACACCUUCCUGUCCCUCCUCCUAUCCCUGAUGCCAUUGCCAGGAGUCUGGCCUACCUCGCCACCAAGCCACCAAACCCGGAAGAGGAAAAAUACAACUAAGAGGAAACUGUCGAGUUUCGAGAAGAACGUGUGAUAAACUGAAGAAGAACAACGUCAAGUUCUUCUGAGCUCGAGUGAUUCCUGCAAUCAACAUAAAAGCUGUGAUCUCUUCAUAUUCUUAAGGUUUCUAUCAAGUGUAUUAAAUUAUGCAUUACGUUAAAUUAUAUUGAAAAAUGUGAACAAAUUCAGGGUUGUUAACACUUGUGACGGUUAAAAUAAUAAUAAUAAUACUGUAAGUGGUACAUAUCAACAAAUUGCUUGUCUUUGACCAAUAUUUAUUGUAUCCAAAGUGUUAUUUAUAUGUGCGCUUCCUUAGAUAUAAAGUUGUAUAAUAUUAACUUGAA